AUGUCGUCGUCAUAUCCGCCGUCGACGCAUGUCGAUAGCUCUAGCGCUCGGCCUAGGGGCCAGCCCGCAUCAGUUCUCGGGAUCUCAGAGAACGGCCAGGAGAGAGACUCAGAAAUUGUCCAGCGUGAAUUCGAAGACCACCCGCCGCCAUUGGCCCGAAAUCGAACCAUGCCACUGCCACCGUUAUCGAUGGUCGCUAUUUUCGUCCAUCCACUGCUUCAGUACAGCAGCAUUUCGCCUCCGAUAGCGUACGAUGUGACCUUACCCCCGAGUACGGCGGUCCUGGCCACCAGAACGAGAACGGACCCAGCAAUGGCGUGGUGGAAGUACCACUCAGCCAUGGAACCGAAGGCUCUGGGCUCGAUGACCAUACGAAUGUGUGGCAUCUUGAGCCCUAUCGUCGUUCGGCCAGCACGAUUGGAUUGUGAUAUCAUCACCCUUGGCAAUGUGCUCGACGCCGUACAUCAAGCGUUUCCAUCUCCUCACGACAACGACAACGAAAAGCGCCCACCCCACCUGUCCUUUUGCGACUCUGACGACUCUGGCUGUGUCGAACCUUCCGGCCUUCAGGCACAGCCCAGUAUCGCCAGACAAGCAGGCCCUGACAUCCCUAUAGCUUACCUCCUGUCUCCCUUCUUCCUUCCCAGCUCAGUUUUAUUCUGCUACCCUCUCGUCCAGCGCCUCUUUCUGUAUUUCAUGAAGAUCAUUGGCUCGCGAUUCCGCCUGCGAGGCCAUCGCCCACCAAAGGCGCUACCAGCGCAGGAGAAGGCGAAGGAGGAGGAGAAAGUCGAGGUCAGAAUCAAGAAGCGAGCGCUCUUGAUUGGGGUCUGCGACGUCCCGGAACCACCUCCGACGUCUGCCCUCUCCCCUGUCGCGCAGACGCCGCUGUCGGCUGCGCCCAAGAGGAAGUCGAGGAGGAGGUCCAAGACGAAGAAAAUGCCCACCCUGAAGGGACCUCACGCGGACGUUGCGGCGAUGAAGGACCUGCUCAUCGAAACAUACCAGUAUGACCCCGACGACAUCACGGUCCUCAUCGACGACAUCAUCCCUGGACAUCCCCAACCCACCCGAGAGAACAUCCUUCGCGCUAUUGCUACUCUCAUCCACGGUGCUCGGGAGAACGAUCGGUUCUUCUUCUACUUCGCCGGACAUUCGAAGCAAGAGGAUACAGAUGACAUCGAGGAGGAGGAUAGAAAAAACGAAUUUAUGUUGUGCUCCGAUGGGCUGGCAAUUCAGGACGACGAACUUCGAACUCGUCUCGUUAACCCCCUUCCGCCGAAAAGCUCCUUGAUCGCUGUGUUCGAUUCUUGCAAUUCCGGGACAUUACUUGAUCUCAAGCAUUUCCGGUGUAACCAAGUCUACGUACCGUGGCUCAACAGGGGGGAUAGGCGAACGAAGUCGAUGUGGUACCAGAACCAACGGCAAGCAGCCAAGAUCUCGACUCGCGCAGUCCAACAAUUCACCCGGAUCAACACUAAUCUCUUCAAAUGGACCCAAACGUCCAUCGACCAGCUUAUGAUGUCUCCAGUCGAGGCUUCGACUCUCGACGUCAAACUCGAGCCCGUCAUUAACAAGAAGAAGACGUCGAUCUCCAUCAUCACUGACCGUCUGUUGCUCUCAGAGCCAUCCUCCUGGCUUGACUCUGCCGCCCCACGCUGUGCCUCGCCCGAGAUGCUCUAUUGCUCCGGUGACUGCCGCGACAACCCGCUCUUCCAACGAGACGGCAGCGACCAGGCGGACGUCAUAUCGUUGUCGUCUGCCGGCGAUUCCCAGCGGGCCUGGGAGGGCGCCGAUGGAACAUCGAUGACACAGGCCCUUGUCCAGCUGCUUCGAAAUGACCCCCAUCCGACCUUUCAUAAUUUACUAACCCAUGUCAGCCACGACCUGCAUCGGUUCUACCUCAACCUGCACGUCAAGGCUCGGGAAUACCGAAAGAUGAUAGAGGCGCGCAACGAGGAGAGAAAGAAGAAGGGGAAGAAGCCGAAGCAGGGCGACGUGGUCGAGAUGAACAAUUUCCAGAACCCACAGCUUUCGAGUGACAGACCACUCGACAUGAGCCGGACGUGGUACCCUUGA